AUGACUGGAAAAUUGGAACUGCCCAAACAGACACUUACUGUUGGAGUCGUCACCCAAACAGCUGUGGCAGGACAGGGUUGUCUGACUCCCUCUCACCUUUCGUCUCUCUGCAUCCUCAAACCUAUAAAGGAGGGCUCGUUAACACAUCUAAAGAAGCCAUUGGUGAAAGAGGCUACUUGGAAAGGGCAUCUCGCCUUCCAGCCUCUCCAUCCUGCAGAGAGAACCUGAGCUUGGAGCUGGCAGUCAGGUAAUUCAUGGGGACCGGAAACCACCUCAUCAGCAUCACCCUACCCCACACCCUGGCCAACUGGAAGCAACCAUGACGAUGUGCUGAACGCCCUUGCAGAGCUGUGCUGUGGUCUCUCUGAGCUCAUCACGGCACCUUCUCAUGCAGGAGUUUCAAUUCAAGGGUUUAGCCAAAUCUGGAGGCGCCUUCCUUUCUUGGGUACUUUUCAUCACAAUGAGAAAGGAGUUCCAGGACAUCAGGACAUCUACAUUUCCACUCAAAGCAAAAUAUAG